CUCCAAUGCUCGCCGCCUGGAACCUAUCGUGGCGCCAUCGAUUGCCUUCUGCAGACGGUCCGCAAGGAGUCGGUAUUUGCGCUCUACAAAGGGGUCACCCCUCCGGCCCUUGGAUGGGCGGUCAUAGACUCCGUCCUCCUAGGCUCGCUGCAUAAUUAUCGGCUGUUCCUUCUCCGGCAUGGAAUGACGGAGCGCAUACCCGGCUCCGACGCCAAAAGGCUGACGCUCGCCGCCCACGGCAUCGCCGGCCUGUUUGCGGGGCUCACAAGCACAUUCCUCGCCACACCCAUGGAAUUGCUGAAGGUACAACUGCAGAUGCAGCUGCAGAGCAACGCCGCAGAGCGCCAGUUCAAAGGGCCUUUUGACUGCGCGCGAUGCAUCGUGCAGGCGCGCGGCGCUCGGGGCCUCUGGACUGCGCUGCCGUCUAGCCUGAUAUACAGAUGCAACUUUUUGUGGAUGUUUGGCUCGUUCGAGGCUUUCAUGCGGGCCUUUGCGAAGCUCGAGGGCACGCCGUUCGAGAUGAGCGUGGGUCAUGCAAACUUUAUGUCCGGCGGCCUUGCCUCGCUCGUGUACUGGGUCAUGGCCAUUCCCACCGAUAACGUCAAAAACCGAAUCAUGGCCACGCCGGUCUCAACGCGACCGCCAUCAUUUACAACCGCCGUCCUCAGCGUCUAUCGCACGUCGGGGGCUCGUGGGUUCUACGCCGGCCUGGGCACGAGCCUGCUUCGCGCGUUCCCUUCCAACGCGUGCGCGCUCUUCGUGUACGAAGGCCUCAUGCGCAAUCUAGACGCCGAAAAGGUCAGUACUUUGGCGACCAGGGGAAGAAGCAGCACGGUGGCACUGUCGACCGGGCGCUCACGGUGCUUCUUUUUAUUUCUGCAGACUCGACAGUGA